AGGGAAUGCAUUAUAUCACUAUGUGUCCUCACUACAAAUGCUGCACAAUCGUGUGUGUGUGUGUCUGCACUUUAUUCAUGGACAGAUUACAUGACAAAUCUUAUCUUCAGGCACAGACAUGUUAAAUGUCCCACACCUCACCUACACAAAAAGACCCUUUAAAAAACUUUUCUUUUUUGUUGUCUUGCACCUAUUGUAUGCAAAAUGCCCACCUUUUUAUGUUGUUGUUUUUUUUCCUAGGGGUUUUUUUUUUGCAUCUCUUUGAGGUAAUUCUGCAUUUAAUGCAGUGGUUGUGUCCAGCAUCUUUGUGGUUGUUUUGUACUGGUUUUCUCUUUCUCUUUCAGUCUUAUUGUGCAGGCGAAAUCUUGUGUUCACACCAACUGCAGCUGUGUGUAGUUGCAGAAGAAGAGAGAGGAUGUGUGUGCCCACAGAGCCUGUACAGUAAUCUGUCUAUGAUGAUGUGUUCAAACAUGUUAUGUUUGUUUGUCCAUUGUAGUUAAAAGUAUUUGAAAUGACAAGCGAGUGCAAAGUGCAAAAGAAAUAGCCAUUUCCAUUGUGUUGACUUUUUCUGUAUUGUCAGAAAAACACAAUUUCAUAUAAAAGAAAACCUCUAUACUGACCUUGUCACAUGCUUUUCUUUGUCCACAGCACUGUAUGCACACAGCAUUUCAUGUAAACCAGAGGUUAUCUUUCAAACCACCAACUGCAGUGUUUCUCAUCUCCACAUUGCAACAGUGUGUGAACUAAACUGAAAAGGAAACUACAGGCUCCCUUCAGUCUAUAAAAUCUGCCACUUCCUCAGGUUGACCAAAGUAGUGCAGUGAGCCUGAAGGUAAGAUCUUGCAGUUUUUGUGCUCUGCCAUGUUUUUGAGUCUGUAGUGACCUAGUUCUCAUGUCUUACGCCUGUGAGCUUGCUUUUUCCUUCUGGUGCCGUUGGCGUUUUGGUUCUCACGUUAUUCCUUGGAAAGUCUCCGUUGAGAUGAAGUAACAAAGCGAGGUGUUGAGUAAAAGUUGUGAAAUGACUGCUUGUUUAUUGUUCAUCAUCGAGGGGAAAAUUCCAUGUCACUGGGUUUUUUUAAAGCUUGAAUACGUUGAAUGAGUUUCUCAUCGUUUGCAUAUGAGGUGUAUUUGACGUACUGCAUUGACAUGUCGUAUUAUGUGAGGCUUGAAACUUUAGUUUUAGUUUGUGUGUUUUGUUUUGUUUGGACUUGGAUUAAUAUUUGCAGCAGGUGCAGACAUGUUUCUCUGAGCGGUGCAGUGAAAUAUAGAAAGUUAAUACUUCUUUGUCUCUCUUAAAAUGAUAUUGUUCCCCUGACUAUAACAAAUUGUUUGUUUAUGCUGCUAAAAUGACAGGAGAUGUGAUUGCAUUUGUGUCUGCUUAUAGCAGGGCUCCUGUGACCUCAUCACUCUUUCUUAUAAUGAAGAACCCACAGUUUCUGUUUCAGAGUCUGCGACGCGUGUGAGAGAGAGCGAGUCAUUGGGUUAGUUAAGUUUAGAAUGAGCGUGUGGUGGUCAGUCCGGCUGCAAGAGCUGAUUGCAGGUUGCACGUGGUCUUCCAGGCAGACGCCGUGCUCGGUUAUGAUGACUCUGUUUGGUCAUCCACAUGCCGUUCACAUGCUGUCAUCGCCUCCCCGGUGUAAUCAGUCCGGUUUCCUUUACUGUCACUGCUGUGGUGGGUUCACAAGAGUUCCCACCUUCUGUUCUCGGAUGUGAGCUCACAGUCACCGCUUAACCAUAGACAGCCUGAAUCAUGAUGCACCUUUUUGCAUAGUAAAGGCGAGGAUGAAAUGACUAGGCUGUGACUGCAAUGCCUAAACUUAGACCUGUGAUCAAACUGGCAACUUGUGUCUACACAUGAUAGGUGAAUGAAUGAAUGAAUGAAUGAAUGAAUGCCCUUCAACACCACAUGCCCUCCUCUGGUAGCAUUCUUCACAUCUUGCCUCACUGAUAUUUACAACUUGAGAGAAUCCCUCUGAGGCACGGGCACAGAUAACAGCUGAGCAAUGAUGUGUAAUUACAGUCGACACUGAUUGUUUCCCCACCGUGCAGCUGGCAGCUCUGGACAGCGACAAAGACGGGUUCUUAUCUCCUGACACAGGCUGGCAUUCAGCAGGUCGUAUGUCAGCUGUCUACUCCCCACAUUCAAUUAGUCUGCAAUUGAAAGAGAAAUUUAAUGAAAUGAGACCCAAAUAAAAGUUCAAUGUUCAAAGUGAAAGUGUAGCUUCUUUUAUGGGGAAACUCUUGGGGCAAUGGCGGCUCAGUGGUAGAGUGAGUCGUCUUGAUUCCUUGAUGGGUGUGAAUGGCAAAAACUGUGGUGUAAAACAGCUUUGAGUGGUCAUCAGGACUAGAAACGCUCUAUAGAAAUACAGACCAUUUACCCUCUAUACUGUAUGAAGCAGCAGCGGUUUGCCUAGCUGAGCAUAUGGACCUACAAAACAUUAUUGUUAUUGUACAAACUAAAUUAAUGCCUUAAUUGCGAUGGGUUUUUGUUAGUUUUUUACCAUUUUGUCCACAGUUUGCUUCAUGUUCUCAGCAAGCUCCAAGAAAUAGGGGAAAAAGCGCCCUCAAUGGCUAAACUAUUCCUUUGACAUAAAUGAUGUCUAAUAUCCUCAGUGUAUUAGUAUUUAUAUUGUACAAAACAAACAUUAUCUGUUUAUGAAAUCAACUCUAAGCUCUUUCUUUCUUUCUGUUGAGUCGACCCUAAAAAUAAGGACAGUAGAACAAGGAUGCACGUCAGUCAUCAAUAAUGCAAGGAUUGGCAUUUGGUUUGUUGUGCAGUCGUGUAAUCAGUGAAGCGUCACUGCUCUUCCUGCAGCUGUGGGAGAAUUUGUUUGUGGUUUUAUUUCCUUUAGAAGAAGAGCUGAAUAAUGGAGAAUUUCAAGAGAGACACAAAAUGUGACCGUGAGAAUGACAGGAGGGAGAUGAGGACAUAAUGUGUGAGUCUGAAAUGUUGCUGAAAUGUCAUCAGAGCCCUGGGUAUAAAGUUACUCCAGGCUGCGUCACCGUGUCACAGAUUUGUAACUGCUCACUUGGUUGUUGUGGCAGAGUGAUGUUUCACCAUCCAAGCGGAAACACAGCAGCCAGUCAUUCAGUAUAUCUGCUCAGCAGGUGGACAUCCUGUUCUGACGUUGGUGGACACUCUCAGACAUCACAAUAAGGAAACGGCAGCAUGUAGAGUAACCUUUUCUGCCUUAUACUCUUCUCUGGUUCCAGUGAAAGGGGAGGGAUCAAAGAGGAGGAGGAGGAGGAGCCAGGAACAAAAAUAAUAAGACAGAGGAGCAGAGAGGAGGACAGACACAAAGAAGACAAGCAGUGACAUAUGCUCACAGAUUUUGUAUUUGUUUUCACUCAAAGAUGGAUUUGAAUUUUCUUCAGUCUCUGGAAAAAGAGAUCGUCCUGGAGGUUCUACGGAGAGACAAACAGCUGCGCAUUAUAGAAGACGACAGGAUCAGGAGGAUGAAAUAUGAGCUCCAGGAGCUUCGCAGAAGAGGAGCUAAGAGUUUCGCCCGGCAGUACGGCGAGAGGACCUGCGCCCGCUGCCAGAGGCCCCUGGGACGCUUUUGGAACUCGGGUGACGUUUGCCGCGGCUGCAGCCACCGCAUCUGCGGCAGGUGCCGCAUGGGCGUGGGAACGGUCGACUGGAAGUGCACCGUCUGUCACGCCUACAGGGAGGUGAAGAUCAGGUCUGGAGAGUGGUUCUUAGAGGAGAAGCUCAAGAAAUUUACAGUCACCACAGACAAGUAUGAAACAGUUGGAGAGAAGCUGUUACAGACCUACAACGUGCUGAGUCAUAUAUCAGUUGUGCCACCGACUCCUCCGCCUCAUAUGGAUCAUCAUUUCAUGAGCAGAUCAGGGAGCUUAAAGCACUCGAAGCCUUUCACCAAAUCUGUGGAGGAUCUAAUGGUUUCGUUCACGAGUCAUAUCAAGAGGAUUUCAUCUUCUCAAAACGACCUCCUGGUUGUUAACGACACCCGCAAAGGGUCGCGCUGCCAGUACAGCAGGCAGAAGAGUCUGUCUGAAGCUGACAUCAACAAACCUGCCUACCUCUUUAAAGGCCCAAGUCUUCCAAACCUGUUCAAGAAAAAUAAAGACAGCGACCAGGAAAGCUCCUCAACUGGGGCAGAAGAAGAGACUUCCUUCUGCAGCUCUGACUAUUCUGGAGGAACCAGAGGCAGCAACAGCAGCCUCUUUGAGAGCAUCAGCGUGACAGGAGAGCUGGAGCUGGCACUCGUCUACAACUCCAACACCUCCUGUCUGGAGAUCACGGUCGGCGCCUGCAGAAAUCUCUCUUAUGGAGACGCCAAAAAGAGGCGAUGUCACCCAUACGUCAAACUCAUUGUUCUGCCAGACAAGAGCAGCAAAAUGAAAACGAGGGUGAUGAAAAACACCACCGAGCCUGUUUAUAACGAGACGGUGAAGUGUCAAAUUGAGCGCCACCUGCUGUUUGGAAAGAGACUGCAGGCCUCCGUGUGGCACAAGGGAACACUGAGAAGGAAGGUGUUCCUCGGUGAAGUCCUUAUUCCACUGGACGGCUGGAGAAAUGAGGACAAAGCGUCACAAGACUUCAACUGGUACCCGCUGUGUCCAAAGGGUUCGAGUCCAGAUGGAGGCGCUAUGGAGCAGGACGGACAAGAACACGUGGUCAGAGUCAAGCUCAGCUCCAGCCACCAUGGUGUCUGACUGUGACUCAGAUGACGCCCAUUAGUGGAGGUGAGACCAGGCGACUCACCAGCUGCUGUUCAAGUGACCACAGUGUGAACCUGGACCUGUGGGACCAAACCCUGAGUUCAAACCUGGUAGCACCAGAGAUUUUAAAUGUUCUCACCCUUAAAUAACCAUUUGUCUGGUAAAUCAUCUAUUUUGCAGAGCAGAAGAGAAAAUGUAUAUCACACUAUAAUGUAUUCGUAAGCUGAUAUAUAAGUGUAUGUAGAAGUGAUGGAGGCACUGUAUAUGACAACUGCUCAUCCCUAUAAAACAUUAACAGAAAGUAAUGACUGAAUAGAAUAGAACAUUUGAUGUACGUUUAUUUAUUUAUUUUAUUUGUUACUGUGCUUUGUUAUGUAUGCUCAUAUUUAUCGACGUACAUUUUAUUAAUAAAUACUCUGCUGCUGAAAAGUGAA